AUCGCAGGGACCAGACUUCAGGCUGAGGUUCAUUCUGUCCAAUAAACGUCCUCAGUAAACCUCUACAUUGGUUGAGCCUCCAUUCAGCUGAUACUAGUCAUCUUUAACGGCCACUAUGCCUCACCGCCUAGUAAUCGUACGCCACGGAGAAAGCUCGUGGAAUCAGGAGAACAGGUUCUGUGGCUGGUUUGAUGCCGACCUGAGUGAGAAAGGGGCAGAGGAGGCCCGUAGAGGAGCUCAGGCAAUAAAGGAGGCCGGGAUGGAGUUUGACAUCUGCUACACCUCCGUGCUGAAGAGAGCGGUGCGUACUCUGUGGUACAUCUUGGACGGAGUAGACCAAAUGUGGCUGCCAGUGGUCAGGACCUGGAGACUGAAUGAGCGCCACUAUGGGGGACUGACAGGCCUCAACAAGGCAGAGACUGCGGAGAAACAUGGGGAAGAGCAGGUGAAGAUUUGGAGACGAUCUUAUGACACCCCACCACCAGUCAUGGGAGAAGAUCACCCAUACUACAAGCUGAUAAGUAAGGAUCGGCGUUACAAAGAUCUCACCUCUACAGAGCUGCCCUCCUGUGAGAGUCUGAAGGACACCAUUGCCCGUGCCCUACCCUUUUGGAAUGAAGUGAUUGCCCCCCAGAUCCUGGCUGGAAAGCGAGUACUGAUCGCAGCACAUGGAAACAGCUUGAGAGGCAUUGUAAAGCACCUGGAUGGGAUGUCUGAUGCUGCCAUCAUGGAACUUAAUCUACCCACUGGAAUUCCCAUUGUAUAUGAACUUGAUGAUAACCUGAAGCCAACCAAACCCAUGAGCUUCCUUGGGGAUGAGGAAACUGUACGGAAAGCCAUGGAGGCAGUGGCAGCCCAGGGAAAGGCCAAAAAAUAGAUGAGGAGCCAGAGAUGGUUUUGGGUUCUAGAGUUCAAGAGAGAGGGGGUUAAGGAGAGGGACAGCAGGACACACAAAAACCUUUCUAGUCCCCAUGUUAUUCUUAAAAUAAAAUCAGAAUAUGAUAUUGUGGGAAAUAACGUAGGGACAGGAGAUUGCUUCUUGCUCAUAAAAAGGAGUAGCCACUAUGUAGCUGUUCUUUGGCUCUAUUAUUACAGAACUAUAUAAGGGCAGUGUAGAUAUGAAAUAACAAAUAAUAUAUUCACUUGGACCCAUUUGUUCUUGUGUUAAAGAACAAACAAUCCCCAAAUGUUUUAAUACUCACAAGUAACAUUAUGAGCUCACACUGUUCACACACACAGGGCUGUGAACACUUUCUGUGCAUUUUAGAACCAUUUUGAAUGUUCUUUUCACAUCGUCACCAAUUCAAUAAUUCUGUAUUUUUAUCCAAA